AUAGCGAUUCAGAAUACUUUCAAAUAGAAGGAAUAUUCUUCCGGUCAGCUGGAGGGAGAUUCGUGCAUGGAGAACCCGUCGUCUGGGCCGAGGGCGGCCAGCAGUGGCAACCAGUACAAAGGGGUUCGGAUGAGGAAGUGGGGGAAGUGGGUGGCCGAGGUGCGGCUGCCCAACAGCAGGGAGAGGAUCUGGCUGGGGUCCUACGACACCGCCGAGAAGGCGGCACGGGCCUACGAUGCCGCCUCGUAUUGCCUCCGCGGCACCACGGCGGCGCUCAACUUCCCCGCCGACCCGCCCAACAUUCGAUCACCAGGCCGACUCACAAGAGACGAGAUCCGGGCGGCGGCCACCAGGCACGCGUACGAGGCUCCUCGAGUCGAGCCGCAGGGUGAUGCGGGGUCGAGCUACGCGAGGCAGGCGGCGGCGGCGGAGGAUCAUGUGGUGGUGCAAACGUCGACGUCGAUGCCGCGGGAGUUGCUUUCGCCGCAGAUUUAUUACUUGCCGGCGAGGUGCGACGACGUCACAGGUACUGGCAGUCAUGGUGGUGGUGGUGGUGGCAGCGACGAUGAUGACAACAAUGACGAUGGUGGAAAUGAAGAUACGUAUCGACCAUUCCGUCUUUGGAGCUUUGACGGAGAGUUUGAUUAAGAGAAUUAAAAUGAUUGGGUCGUCCCCAUGAUUUUUUCAUGGGAAUGCGAAUGAGCCAAAAUGGUUCGACCUAAUUCUCAGGGCAUGGGUAUUGUGAGGGCAUGUGAUCUGGGUUUUAAACGUUUUUAAAACUGUGGGCGGCUGCUGGAUGUUGCAACCUACGGAAGUGCUGAAAAAUGAGCUUUUUGGAGUAUGUUGGAAUAAUGUUCGAAAAGGUUGCUGGCAAUUGAGCUGACAAAACUUUUCAAGAAGCUGCCGCGAAAAGAAGUAAGGGUGCACGUUGUGCUCCAAACAAUGUACGAGUCCUUUACUCACCGAAAAAAAAAAAAAAAGGGAGUGAGUCAUAUAUAAUGUAAUAAAAGAUGUUGAGUAGUGUAAAAGUGAUAUAAUGAAUAUUUUGUUUGAUAGACGCUGACCUUCGGUCUCAGCUUUGGUAGAAUUGCGCAUGCACCCGGUGAAUUUCUUGAAUUUUUGAAGAAAAAUAGAACAAAAAAUCUUCCGUGGCACGCCAAAGAGAGAUGCACGGUGUAUAACAUGAAUUAUCAGACAUAAGAAUAGUUCA